AUGAUAAACCUCCGUCGAUUAGUACAUACUUCCUGUCGACUAGAACGUGGAAGAACCGCUUUCUAUAAUGUUCAUCAAAAAGUAACAGACCCAGCCAAGCAAGAUCCCGAUUAUUUCGAGAAGAAAGCUAGAGAGUUGCCCCUGGAUCAAAACUACAUUGAUGCUCUCUCCAAAUUGUAUUACGAGAAGAUCGGCAGUGAACGUGAUUUGGGUCUGAAAGCCGCUGAUAAUUUGAUUCUCGAAAAAACUGAAUUCGGAUUGCCACGAAUCGAAAAGUCAAAAAUCCGGGCAAAAUAUGAAGAUUUAGACGUUCUUUCGAAUGCUCCCGAAUCGGUGAAAAAAGUGUUCAGUGUUGAAAUGGCGACGAGAAGAGAAUUAUCACAAGAAUGGAAAGAGAGUCUUAUCAAAUCUGUUCGUCAACAUUCACUUGAUGGAAGCAGUUUGGAAAUGAAAAUUGCCUGGUUGACUGCUCUCAUCCGACAUUGGUCUCUUCUGGUGAACGAUAUCGGGCAAGAGACAAAGAAGAAGCCAACUUGGCUAACUCAUCGCAUCUGGUUAGUGAUCAACGAGCGCCGUAAAGCUCUUCGUAUUUUACGAGAGCGUAAUGAAGCAGCAUUCGAGAAUACGAUUGCUGCUCUUAAAAUUUCAUAUCACGUUCCAAAACAGCCAGCUCAUGUGAAAACUAGAAAAGCUUGGGCAGAAGCUCAGCUGAAACUUCGAGUGGAAAACGAGAAGGAGAAACGACUAGAGGAAUUGCACGAAAGAUACGAUAAGCAAGUUGAGGACCACAAAAGGGAAACAGAAGAAAAGAGAAAAGCGUUGAAUAACGAAUUGGAUAAGCUCGCCGAAGAUAUGCGACGAAUCGAUGUCAUCGAAGGAAAAGCAUUCGAAACCGUAGGAAAAUACGAGCCGUCAUUGAUCUCUUCGCUCACUGAAACUGUUAUUCACUCGAAUCUUUUCUAUCAUCCACCACCCACAAUGUCCGAGAAAUAA